ACGGCGCGGGGCUUCGGGCGCUGGGUCCGCGCGUCCCGACCCUGGGCGAGCUGCAGGCGCGCUCGGGGCGGCGGGUAUGGCGGCCCCCGAGCCCAAGACCCGCGCGGGCGCGGCCGUAGCCCGGCGCCUGGCCCGGGGGUGCUGGUCGGCCUUCUGGGACUACGAGACGCCCAAAGUGAUCGUGGUGAGGAACCGGCGCCUGGGCGUCGUGUACCGCGCCGUGCAGCUGCUCAUCCUGCUCUACUUCGUCUGGUACGUGUUCCUCGUACAGAAGAGCUACCAGGACAGCGAGACGGGCCCCGAGAGCUCCGUCAUUACCAAGGUCAAGGGCAUCACCUCCUCGGAAAACAGAGUCUGGGACGUGGAGGAGUAUGUGAAGCCCCCCGAGGGGGGCAGCGUGUUCAGCAUCAUCACCAGGAUCGAGGUCACCCCCUCGCAGACCCUCGGAACCUGUCCGGAGAGCACGAGGGUCCGAAACGCCACCUGCGACUCGGAUGAGGACUGUGUGGCUGGUGAGCUGGACAUGCUGGGAAACGGCGUGCGCACAGGGCGCUGCGUGCCCUACUACCACGGAGCCACCAAGACUUGUGAGGUGUCCGGUUGGUGUCCGGUGGAAGACGGAGCGUCCAUUAGCCAGUUUCUUGGUAAGAUGGCCCCCAAUUUCACCAUCCUCAUCAAGAACAGCAUCCACUACCCCAAAUUCCAGUUUUCCAAGGGCAACAUUGAGACCCGCAAGGAUGGCUACCUGAAGCACUGUACCUUUCACGAAGUCUCUGACCUCUACUGCCCCAUCUUCAAGCUGGGCUUCAUUGUGGAGAAGGCGGGAGAGAACUUCACUGAGCUGGCACACACAGGCGGUGUCAUUGGAGUCAUUAUCAACUGGGACUGUGACCUGGACCUGUCCGCCUCCAAGUGCAACCCCAGGUACUCCUUCCGGAGACUCGACCCCAAGCAUGUGCCAGCUUCCUCCGGCUACAACUUCAGGUUUGCCAAGUACUACAAGAUGAACAACAGCACCACCCGCACACUCAUCAAAGCCUAUGGGAUCCGCAUCGAUGUUAUUGUGCAUGGACAGGCAGGGAAGUUCAGCCUGAUUCCUACCAUCAUUAAUCUGGCCACAGCUCUGACCUCCAUCGGGGUGGGUUCCUUCCUCUGCGACUGGAUCUUGCUAACAUUCAUGAACAAGAACAAGCUCUACAGUCAUAAGAAAUUCGACAAGGUGUGUGCCCAGAAGCAUUCUGCAGGUAGCUGGCCAGUGACCCUGGCCCUGAUCUUGGGUCAGGCCCCUCCCCCACCCUGUCCCCGUUCUACAGAUCAAGGCCAGGCCCUGGCUGCUCUGCCCCCACUGCCUGGCCCCACCUCUGCCCCAUCUGAGCAGAUGGUGAAUGCUCCUGAGCAGGGCGCAGGACCCAGACUUUGUGCCUCUGAGCCUCCCCAUCUAGACUCCAUGUCCACGGACCCGCGAGGUUUGGCCCAGCUCUGAGCUCCACCUUCUACUCCAUCACUGCGGCACAGAAACUGGCUUGGUGGGAGGCUGCAAGGUUGCUGCCCGAAGGACAGAGCCCUGCUUUAAUGGCAGCACACUGGUGCCCUGUGGUGAGUUCAGGGCCUGCCCACGUGUCUCAGCACUCUGGAGACCAGGAACAAAGGACCCCUGUGCAUAGGGCUGUGCCCCUCCACUCACAUCAUGUCUAACUGAUUGGGGCUGUAGCAUCUAGUUUCUGCCUACACCUCAGGCUGCACCUCCCUGCCCCCACUCCCUCUGCCUUGUAAUCAAGAAAUCACAUGUCCAG